AGACUUCAAAAGGUAAAUUCGCCGGAAAUACUUAAUAUCGCUCAAAUUUGCGUUCAGUGUUCGCUUACUGAACGAAUUUUUGGUAGCGUGUUGUCUGCCGAACUUUCUACUUUUAGCCGCUGAAUUAUUUAAAUCAUUAAUGAUAAUUCUCCGAUAAUAUUAAGAGAAAAAUGGCUUGGAUACAACCAGGGUCUGGGCUCAUGAUGCCCGUCCCAAAUGUGAUGUUACCGCACAUCCAACCGAUAGCACAACAGCCCCUUCGUCACCAAGGUCAGGGGAGGGUUGUUGCAAAAGAAGAUCCAACUAGUGAAGAGAAACUUAAGGAAAAGGCUCUAAAAUGGAAAAAGCUCCAGAUUAAACGAUAUACAGAAAAGAAGAAAUUUGGUUAUAUAGAUGUUCAAAAGGAAGAUCUUCCACCUGAGCAUUUACGUAAAAUUGUUAGAGAUCAUGGAGAUAUGACCAAUAGAAAAUUUAGGCAUGAUAAGAGAGUAUAUUUAGGAGCACUGAAAUACAUGCCACAUGCUGUUCUGAAGCUAUUGGAAAACAUGCCAAUGCCUUGGGAGCAGAUCAGAGACGUAAAAGUUUUAUAUCACAUAACAGGAGCUAUAACUUUUGUCAAUGAGAUUCCUUGGGUUAUCGAACCGGUUUAUAUAGCUCAAUGGGGAACAAUGUGGAUUAUCAUGCGUCGAGAAAAGCGUGAUAGAAGACAUUUUAAGAGAAUGAGAUUUCCUCCGUUUGACGAUGAAGAACCCCCGCUUGAUUACGCUGAUAACAUAUUAGAUGAAGAGCCAUUGGAGCCAAUUCAAAUGGAUUUAGACCCGGAGGAAGACAAAUCAGUUGUCGAUUGGUUUUAUGAUCACAAACCAUUGGCUAACACUAAGCAAAUGAAUGGACCUUCUUAUCGCAAGUGGUAUAUGGAUAUACCUCAAAUGUCCACUGUUUAUCGUCUUGCGAAUCAGUUAUUGACUGAUUUAGUUGACGAUAAUUAUUUUUACUUGUUUGACAUGAAAAGCUUCUUCACGGCCAAAGCAUUGAACUUAGCCAUACCUGGAGGCCCAAAGUAUGAACCUUUGGUAAAGAAUGCUGACCUUCAGGAUGAUGAUUGGAAUGAGUUUAACGAUAUCAAUAAGAUCAUUAUCAGACAACCAAUAAGAACGGAAUAUCGCAUAGCUUUUCCAUAUUUAUAUAAUGACGUUCCGUUUGCCGUCCAUCUUUCAUGGUAUCAUACACCAAACAUUGUUUUUAUUAAAACGGAAGAUCCAGAUUUACCAGCUUUCUAUUUCGAUCCCUUAAUUAAUCCUAUUGCUAGUCAAGGUGGUAAAAGUGAGGAGAUAGACCCUGACUUGUUACUAGAUGACGAAGAUGACGACUUUCGUAUGCCUGACUACUUCGAACCAUUUUUAGAAGAAAAACCACUAUAUACAGAUCAUACAGCUAAUGGAAUUGCUCUUUUAUGGGCCCCAAGACCAUUCAAUCUACGAAGCUGCUUCACUAGACGAGCAAUAGACGUCCCUUUGAUAAAUAGCUGGUAUAGAGAGCAUUGCCCUACUGGUAUGCCAGUAAAAGUCAGAGUUAGCUAUCAGAAACUAUUGAAAUAUUACGUUUUGAAUGCUUUGCAUCAUCGUCCCCCUAAAGCCCAAAAAAAGAGAUAUUUAUUUAGAUCUUUUAAAUCGACAAAAUUUUUCCAACAAACAACGAUUGAUUGGGUUGAAGCUGGGUUACAAGUAUGCAAGCAAGGAUAUAACAUGCUGAAUCUUUUGAUUCACAGAAAAAAUUUAAAUUAUCUUCAUUUGGAUUUCAAUUUCAACUUGAAGCCAGUAAAAACCUUAACAACUAAAGAGAGAAAGAAGUCUAGAUUUGGAAAUGCCUUUCACUUGUGUCGUGAGAUCCUCAGAUUGACGAAGCUUAUUGUUGAUUCUCAUGUCCAAUAUAGAUUGGGUAACAUUGACGCUUUUCAACUGGCAGAUGGUCUGCAAUACAUAUUUGCUCAUAUCGGACAAUUAACCGGAAUGUAUAGAUACAAGUACAAAAUUAUGAAGCAGAUAAGAAUGUGCAAAGAUCUGAAGCAUGUUAUAUAUUACCGCUUUAAUACUGGCAGUGUAGGAAAAGGUCCUGGUGUUGGAUUUUGGGCACCAGGAUGGAGAGUUUGGCUAUUUUUUAUGAGAGGUGUUACUCCUCUGUUGGAGAGGUGGCUUGGUAAUCUUCUUUCUCGUCAGUUUGAAGGAAGACACUCGAAAGGAGUAGCGAAAACUGUAACAAAACAAAGAGUUGAGUCUCACUUUGAUUUGGAGUUACGUGCAGCUGUUAUGCACGAUAUUUUAGAUAUGAUGCCGGAUGGAAUCAAGCAAAAUAAGGCUAGAACAAUUUUGCAGCACUUAUCCGAGGCUUGGAGGUGCUGGAAAGCUAACAUUCCAUGGAAGGUUCCAGGAUUACCAAUACCCAUUGAAAAUAUGAUUUUACGUUAUGUUAAAGCAAAAGCUGACUGGUGGACAAAUACAGCUCACUACAAUCGAGAAAGAAUUCGACGAGGAGCAACUGUCGAUAAGACAGUCUGCAAGAAGAAUCUUGGAAGAUUAACUAGACUUUUCUUGAAAGCAGAGCAGGAGAGGCAACAUAACUAUCUAAAGGAUGGUCCAUAUAUUAGUGCUGAAGAGGCUGUUGCUAUAUAUACAACAACAGUUCACUGGCUUGAAUCCAGAAGAUUUUCACCUAUUCCCUUUCCUCCCUUGUCUUAUAAACAUGACACUAAACUGCUUAUUUUAGCUUUGGAGCGACUAAAGGAAGCUUACAGUGUGAAAUCUAGAUUGAACCAUUCACAACGCGAAGAAUUAGGUCUAAUUGAACAGGCCUAUGAUAAUCCACACGAAGCUUUAUCCAGAAUUAAAAGACACUUGCUAACUCAACGUACUUUCAAGGAAGUCGGAAUAGAAUUCAUGGAUUUAUACUCUCAUGUUAUACCAGUGUACGAUAUUGAACCCCUUGAAAAGAUUACAGAUGCUUACCUCGAUCAGUACCUUUGGUAUGAGGCAGAUAAACGUAGACUGUUUCCUCCAUGGGUUAAACCAUCUGAUUCUGAACCACCACCGUCACUUGUCUAUAAAUGGUGUCAGGGUAUCAAUAAUUUACAAGAUGUUUGGGAUACAAAUGAAGGAGAGUGUAAUGUCAUGAUGGAAACCACUUUUGACAAAAUGUACGAAAAAAUGGAUUUGACUCUACUUAACAGAUUGCUUAGAUUGAUCGUAGAUCAUAAUAUUGCUGACUAUAUGACGGCCAAGUCUAAUGUCGUUAUCAAUUAUAAAGAUAUGAACCAUACUAAUUCAUAUGGUAUCAUUAGGGGACUUCAAUUUGCCUCAUUUAUUUGUCAAUACUACGGUUUGGUUUUGGAUUUAUUAGUACUUGGGCUACAAAGAGCCAGUGAAAUGGCAGGUCCCCCUCAAAUGCCCAAUGACUUUUUAACUUUCCAUAACAUGUCAAUUGAAAAUGCCCAUCCAAUUCGUCUCUAUUCUCGUUACAUAGAUAGAAUCCACAUGCUUUUCCGCUUUACUGCUGACGAAGCUAAAGAUUUAGUGCAGAGAUACUUGACUGAACAUCCUGAUCCAAACAAUGAAAAUAUUGUUGGAUACAACAACAAAAAAUGCUGGCCAAGAGACGCAAGAAUGAGACUCAUGAAGCAUGAUGUUAACUUGGGAAGAGCUGUAUUUUGGGAUAUUAAAAAUCGUCUGCCAAGAAGUGUUACUACAAUUAUUUGGGAACAAAGUUUUGUAUCCGUUUACUCUAAAGACAAUCCGAAUUUGCUGUUUGACAUGUGCGGCUUCGAGUGUAGAAUAUUGCCCAAGUGUCGAGCAAUUGAAGAAAACUUAACUCACAAGGAUGGAGUUUGGAAUUUACAAAAUGAAAUAACUAAAGAGCGCACUGCGCAAUGUUUCCUUAGAGUUGAUAAUGAUUCGAUGCAAAGAUUCCACAAUAGAGUCAGACAGAUCUUGAUGGCUUCUGGAUCAACAACAUUUACAAAAAUUGUUAACAAAUGGAAUACUGCUCUGAUUGGUUUAAUGACAUACUUUAGAGAGGCAGUCGUUAAUACCCAAGAUUUAUUGGAUUUAUUAGUCAAAUGUGAAAAUAAGAUUCAAACAAGAGUGAAAAUUGGUUUGAAUUCUAAAAUGCCCUCAAGAUUUCCUCCCGUUGUGUUUUAUACUCCUAAAGAAUUGGGAGGUCUAGGCAUGUUGUCCAUGGGUCAUGUUUUAAUUCCUCAAAGUGAUCUUAGGUGGAGUAAGCAAACAGAUAUUGGAAUUACACAUUUUAGAUCUGGAAUGAGCCAUGAUGAAGAUCAGCUAAUUCCAAACUUGUAUCGUUACAUCAUGCCUUGGGAGAGUGAAUUUAUAGAUUCACAAAGAGUUUGGGCAGAAUAUGCACUAAAGCGAGAGGAAGCUAAUGCUCAAAACAGAAGGCUAACUCUUGAAGAUUUGGAAGACAGCUGGGACAGAGGAAUUCCAAGGAUAAAUACACUUUUCCAAAAGGAUCGUCAUACCUUAGCUUAUGAUAAGGGGUGGAGAGUUCGAACAGAUUUUAAGCAAUAUCAAGUCUUGAAACAAAAUCCAUUCUGGUGGACACAUCAACGUCACGAUGGAAAGUUAUGGAAUCUGAAUAAUUACAGGACGGAUAUGAUUCAAGCUCUUGGCGGUGUGGAAGGAAUUCUUGAACAUACUCUAUUCAAGGGCACAUAUUUCCCAACCUGGGAGGGUUUGUUCUGGGAAAAGGCAAGUGGAUUUGAAGAAUCUAUGAAAUUUAAAAAGCUGACAAAUGCUCAGCGAUCAGGUUUAAAUCAAAUUCCAAACCGUCGUUUUACACUUUGGUGGAGUCCAACAAUUAACAGAGCUAAUGUAUAUGUUGGUUUCCAAGUACAGUUGGAUUUGACAGGUAUAUUUAUGCACGGUAAAAUCCCAACUUUGAAGAUAAGUCUUAUCCAAAUCUUUCGCGCCCAUCUUUGGCAAAAAAUACACGAGAGCGUUGUUAUGGAUUUAUGUCAGGUUUUUGAUCAGGAAUUAGAUGCUCUUAGUAUUGACACAGUUCAAAAGGAAACUAUUCAUCCAAGAAAAUCUUACAAAAUGAACAGCAGUUGCGCUGAUAUUCUUCUGUUCGCUUCAUAUAAAUGGCAUGUAUCUCGUCCAUCCUUGUUGGCUGACACGAAAGACACCAUGGAUAAUUCAACAACUCAAAAAUACUGGAUAGAUAUACAACUGAGGUGGGGAGAUUACGAUUCACAUGAUGUUGAACGUUACGCUAGAGCCAAAUACUUGGAUUAUACUACGGAUAAUAUGUCAAUCUACCCAUCACCCACUGGAGCUAUGAUAGCAAUUGAUUUGGCUUACAAUCUUCAUUCAGCUUUCGGUAAUUGGUUUCCCGGGUCGAAGCCCCUUAUACAACAAGCAAUGGCAAAAAUCAUGAAAGCUAAUCCAGCUUUGUAUGUCCUUAGAGAGAGAAUCCGCAAAGGAUUGCAGCUAUAUAGUUCCGAGCCUACCGAACCCUAUCUGUCAUCUCAGAAUUAUGGUGAAUUAUUUUCAAACCAAAUUAUUUGGUUUGUGGACGACACAAACGUUUACCGUGUAACUAUUCAUAAGACAUUUGAAGGAAAUUUAACAACUAAGCCAAUAAACGGGGCAAUUUUUAUUUUCAAUCCAAGAACAGGGCAGCUUUUCUUGAAAAUUAUUCACACCAGUGUCUGGGCUGGUCAAAAGCGUUUAGGUCAAUUGGCAAAAUGGAAGACAGCCGAAGAAGUAGCUGCUCUAAUUAGAUCACUUCCAGUAGAAGAACAGCCGAAGCAAAUCAUUGUUACAAGAAAAGGAAUGUUGGAUCCUUUAGAAGUUCACUUGCUAGAUUUCCCGAAUAUUGUAAUCAAAGGUUCUGAACUUCAACUGCCUUUCCAGGCAUGUUUGAAAGUAGAAAAGUUUGGAGAUUUAAUUUUAAAGGCGACUGAGCCUCAAAUGGUUUUGUUCAACUUGUAUGACGAUUGGCUGAAAUCAAUUUCUUCAUACACUGCCUUCUCUCGAUUGAUCCUUAUUCUUCGAGCUAUGCAUGUUAAUAAUGAUAAAUGUAAAAUGAUCCUUAAACCUGACAAAACCACCAUUACUGAAGCCCAUCAUAUUUGGCCUACUCUCUCAGAUGAAGAGUGGGUAAAAGUUGAAAUGUCUCUUAAAGAUGUUAUAUUAGCCGACUACGGUAAGAAAAACAACGUAAAUGUUGCGUCUUUGACGCAAUCUGAAAUCAGAGAUAUUAUUUUGGGAAUGGAAAUAUCAGCUCCUUCAGCCCAACGUCAACAAAUCGCCGAAAUUGAAAAACAAACUAAAGAGCAGUCUCAAGUUACAGCAACAACCACUAAAACAGUUAACAAACAUGGAGAUGAAAUUAUUACUACGACUACUUCAAACUAUGAAACUCAAACAUUCAGCUCGAAAACCGAAUGGAGAGUCAGAGCCAUUUCUGCCAUUAACUUGCAUUUGAGAACCAACCAUAUUUAUGUAUCAUCUGAUGAUAUAAAAGAAGCAGGUUACACAUAUAUUUUACCGAAAAAUGUGUUGAAAAAGUUUAUUAUGAUAUCCGAUUUACGAUCUCAAAUUGCUGGAUAUCUUUAUGGUGUAAGUCCUCCAGAUAACUCUCAAGUGAAAGAAAUCCGCUGCAUCGUUCUACCACCUCAAUGGGGUACUCACCAGACUGUUCAUCUUCCUCAUCAGUUACCUGGGCAUGAGUAUUUGAAAGAGUUUGAGCCUCUCGGAUGGAUUCAUACCCAACCAAAUGAAUUACCUCAGCUCUCGCCUCAGGAUGUUAACUUACACGCGAAAAUUAUGGAUAAGAAUCCACAAUGGGAUGGCGAAAAAACCAUUGUUAUUACUUGUUCGUUUACUCCAGGAAGCUGUUCGCUAACAGCUUAUAAAUUAACCCCAUCUGGAUUUGAAUGGGGCAGACAAAAUACUGAUAAAGGAAACAAUCCAAAAGGAUAUAUGCCAUCCCACUAUGAAAGAGUCCAAAUGCUCUUAUCUGAUCGAUUCUUGGGAUUUUUCAUGGUACCUGAUCAAGGAAGUUGGAAUUACAAUUUUAUGGGUGUACGACACGACCCUUCAAUGAAAUACGGACUGCAGUUAUCAAAUCCAUUGGAAUUUUAUCACGAAGCACACAGACCUGUACACUUUUUACAUUUCAGCUCAUUGGAGGAUACUUAUAACGCGCAAGGUCCGGACCGAGAAGAUCCAUUUGCUUAAAACACUUAAAAAAAACUCAUGUUUUAUAAACUUUUUCAUGCUAUUUAGAAAUAUUGUUUGAAAUAAUUUGCUAUUUUCUGUCUUUUAUUAUGUAUAUAUGUAACUUGCAAUAGAAUACAUUCGUUACUUGAGUGUUUAAGUGUAAUUUAAAGUGUUUAAAUUGUUAAAACAACAUUAACAUGACAAUUGAGUUGAGGUGAUGUAAAACUUGUUAAACUUUCUACCAAAAGCCAAAUUCGCCUUAUGACUUUUGAAUAUUCAUAAUACUGUCUGCGGUGUUGAAUAGGAAUUAUGUGACUUUGACUAAUAUUGGUCUCUUAAGGCAAGAAAGAACAUAGAAAUCAAGAGAAGUAAUUGACAUAGGCAGUUCUGCUUCUUACAGAAUCGCGGCAGGUAUAUUGCUACUUUCUGUUAAAAGAGUACAAUUUUAUAACAACAAUUGAAAAUUUUAAAUAAAUACCGACCAAUAAAGUGUCUUCUUUCAUAUCGCUUGGUGGACUUUUUCUGGUUAGAUAACCAAUUUUCUCUGUCAGGUACACCCUUACUGUUAUCAGAGUUAGCGGGGAGAGACGACGAUAAGUUGUGGUGAGGGAAGUGCUUUCUUUGAGCUCUGCUAACGGUUUCCUCUUUUUUAGUUUCAACUUGACAAAAUGUCUCUCUCUCCCUCCACAUUUGGAGAGACUCUUUCCAAUUUAAGGCCCGUCCUCCACUCAUUCCCUUUCUUGAAUAAUCGUUACCAGUGACGCCAUAUUUGUUUAGGAAGGGUAGGUGGCUACUAUGACGAUUAGUUGUUCGUUCAAUAACAAAAGGAUUAAAUAUUAACAAUAAAAAUCUUUCAGAUACAUAAUUUCUUAAAGGUGGAUAAUAAAGCA